AUGCCACAACUUAACGGAGGCGGCGGCGAUGAUUUAGGGGCGAAUGAUGAAAUGAUAUCAUUCAAAGAUGAAGGGGAGCAAGAGGAAAAAAUAUCAGAAAAUGUAUCAGCCGAGAGGGAUUUGGAUGAUCUGAAGUCUUCUUUAGUAAACGAAUCGGAAAACAACAGUAGCUCAUCAGACUCCGAGGUAAGGAGGUUGCACUGAAGGCUGAUCUACUGCAAAGCUUGUCUAUAUAGGCUAUAUACAUCCCAUUUCAAACAAUAUUUUUCUGGUAUGAGCCUAUUGCUGAAAUAGACUAGCCUACUAUAACAUGUUUUUCCUUCUUGUUCUGUGUGUGCCUCUGUCCUUGUCAGCAAGCAGAGAGGCGCCCUCAACCAAGACCAGACUUGGACAGUUACGAGAAAACCAGGGAUUACUUUAGUGAAGGUAAAAACGGUCACUUGCAAUGCUGUUGCUUACUAUAUUUUUAAUGCAUUUCAUAUUACAGUGAUGUCCCUUUUCUUUAUUGACUUCCAUGCUCUGUCCCUACAGCACUCAGAAGACAGCAAGAUGGUGGCUUUUUCAAGAGUCCCCAUUAUCCUGGGUACCCGUUUUUCAUGAUCCCAGAUCUUACCAACCCCUACCUAUCCAAUGGGGCCCUGUCCCCUAGCGCAAGAACGGUGAGUGGCCAUAACAGAGUUCAGCAAAAGUUAUUCUGCAGUGUUGCCACUAAUCCGCAUCCGCUGUCCGCUGAAGGCAUGGGUAAA